AUGAUGUUUUGGUCCUCAAAGACGGGUAUCACGUCAAAAUAUUCAUUUUCAUCAUCACCUACUUUCACAGCUGAACCAUGGAGCAUUUACACCGGUCGUCCCAAAUCUUCAUCUUCAUCUUCACCUUCCAAAGUAUCGAUAUUCAUGUUUGACAAGAAGCAGUUCGAAAACUAUUUGUUACACUAUGGUAUUAUUAAAUCCAAAUCUGGAUCCAGAGAUAAAGUAUUAAUACAAGAAGCGUACGAAAUAUUAAGAAACCAGGCCAAUAACUUGGCCAAGCUCAAGCACCCAAAUAUUCUGACUUUAAUUGAACCAUUAGAAGAACAUAGCAAGAAUUUCAUGUUCGUCACCGAGUUUGUCACUAGCUCAUUGGAGACCGUUUUCAGAGAAACCGAUGAUGAAGAGCAGAAUUUCUUACAAGGUCAUGUUAAAGAUAAUAUCGUGGUACAGCGAGGUAUAUUGCAACUGGUAAAUGCACUCGAUUUUGUUCAUAACCGCGCAAGCUUUGUACACUUGAACAUUCAACCUAGGGCAAUAUUUAUCAAUGAAAAUUCUGAUUGGAAAAUUUCCGGCUUAGGCUAUUUAGUAAAAAUACCACCAGGCACAAAUACCUCUGAAUACUUCUUACCUCAAUAUGAUCCCAGAGUUCCCCCAUUUAUGCAUUUACAAUUGAAUUAUACGGCCCCAGAAAUUGUUUUUGAGAAUACCCUAACCUUUAAGAACGAUUAUUUUUCUUUAGGAUUGUUGAUAUAUUUUCUGUACACUGGUAAAGACUUGUUUCGCAGCGAAAAUUCGACUAGUGAAUAUAAAUUGGAGUACAACAAGUUUGAAAGCAAAAUUAGUACAAUGUCAUGGGAUAAUAUAUUCAGUAAGGUUCCACAAAAGUUGAGGCAUUGUAUACCCAAGCUAAUAAACAGAGACAUCUAUUCCAGAUAUGAUAACAUAACGUUGAUUUUAGAUUCUGAGUUUUUCCAAGAUCCGUUAGUCAAAACCUUGAAUUUUUUAGACGAUUUACCUACCAAAAAUAACGAAGAAAAAUACGUAUUCUUAGAGGGUCUCGUGAAUCUGCUGCCAGAGUUUCCGCCAGCAUUAUUGCAAAAGAAGUUCUUGCCCAUUUUAUUGGAACUAUUAAGUCAGUUUUGUGCUGAGAAGGUCGUAAGUGAUAAAUGUGUGGGUAAAAGUUUGGAUUUGAUAAUCAAGAUAGGGUCCACUUUAUCUCAGUUGUCCUUUCAAGAGAAGGUUUAUCCAGUUUUAUUGAGUGAUGCGAACUUUCCAGUAUUAUUAAAAAAAGCCACCAUCUGCCUGAUCGAUAAUUUAGACACAUUGAAGCAAAAAGUUAAACGCUCUGAUUUCUUGGAAAAUAUACUCAAGCCGCUAUUUAAUUAUGUUUUACAUGACUCCGAAAGUGACAUUACCGUGGUUUGUCAAGAAAAACUUUUAUCACAAAUUCCGUUAGCUUUAGAGGUACUUGAUUUUCCUACCGUGAAACAAUUCUUAUUACCAUUACUAUCCAAUCUAUUUACAAAGACAACAAGUUUAACGGUGAAAAACACAUGUGUUACGUGCUUUCAAAUUAUGAUAGAGCAUAAAUCCAUCGAUUCUUAUACUUGCUCAGAAACCGUCUUGCCUUUGUUUAAGUCCAUGAAAACAAGAGAUCCAAGAAUUUUAUCUAAGUUAUUGAAGCUUUUUGAAACGGUGCCGUUGAUCAUUACUGAUGAAAUUGUUCUUGUUGACCAAGUACUGCCUUUGAUGUGGAAUUAUUCUAUGGCUUCAACGCUAACAAAGUCACAAUAUUCAGGAUAUACAAAGGCAAUUAACAAAAUGUCUUCAGACAUCCAAAAGCACCAUAUCGCCAAAUUGGAUGAUAAAGUCAAUGAUAUUGGCGAAGAUGCCUUUCACAAAGUCAUUGAACCAACAAUCAUGAAGAAGGAGGACCCUGAGACAGUUGCAGCUAAAAAUAUUGAAGUAGCAGCCAUGCAACCAGUUAAAAAAAAGACUGGGUCCUCUUAUGGGGAGACAUUACCACAAUCUAAAAGUAUUUUAAACUCCAAACCCCUAAAUCCUAAAAAUGCCCUUGCAACUAGAGGCUUUCCAACAAGGAUUCUAAACUCCCCUCCACAGACCCCAUCAAGUCGAACUGGUUCAAAAGUUAUGACCAAAGGUGGCUCCAACGACGCUUCGAGCACUAAGGUGGAAGAGGAAUUCAAUGAAUUUCAAUCCUUUUCAAGCACAGGGAGCAUACGUCAAACUUCCGCACCAUCAGACGUCUGGAUGAACAGUACCCCCAGCCCUACCCCAACAUCCGCAAGUAGUACCAAUUUACCGCCUGGGUUCUCGAUAUCCUUGCAACCAAACAAAAGAAAGGAUGGUUCUUCUGAUAUUCCCCGAAGUAAUGUAUAUGGAUCUUUGAUAUAA